GUUACUUUCCACCCCAAAGAAAAUAAAUUUCAACUCCCCAGUCGCCUGUUGAUGCUUGCUUUCACGAUUUUUAUUGGCAAUCACGUUUCUUAAGUCAUGAGCUAUUUCAUGAAAAUUCAUACUUGAUGUUCUUUUUUCUCUCGUCCUGUUUCUGAAUCCUCUGUAGGCUUAAGUUGUUUUGCUGCUAUCAUACAACUCGCGCUUGUCUCCCACUUCUCAGUCUAAGGUUUCUUCACAUUGAUGGUUAUGGAUCAGUGGUUCAGCAGGUUGUCUGAGUCCUCUGCAAAUGAGUCCGAGUUGGAGAAUGAGAUCAUUCUUUCUACCUCAAAAGAAUCACAAGACAUUUCAGACAGCCGUAAAGAUGCCUCGUUGCUCACACAUGCUCCUACUUUGGACUCCCGAGAUGAUCACUACUCUGAUCCUACACUCAAAUACAUUAGCCAGAUGCUACUGGAGGAUAGUGAUAUCGAUGAGAAUAAUAAUUCCAGCUUGUAUUAUGACCCUAUUUCCCUUAGAGCUGUCGAAAAUUUCUUUAAUGACGCCCAUCAUCAAAAACCUUCACCACCUAAUCAGGAACCUCUUUUUGUUAACAAUAAAUCUGGAAGCCGGGACAGCAAAUUUAGGAGCUCUAGUAGUUGUAACACCGGACUAUCUAAAUCAUAUGUGGAGAGGUCAAAAGGUUCUUCAUAUAGCUUGAAUAGUAUUAUGAAUACCCAAAUGGACUCUUUGAACACUGUUAAGUUAGGUCCAAAUGGAUGUAGUGAUACUGAGUCCAUCUUGCAGUUUAAAAGAGGUAUGGAGGAAGCAAGUAGAUUCCUUCCUUCCCAAAAUCAGUUGCUUCUCAGUACAGAUAAGGGUGCGGCUGAUUCUUCUAGAGGAAAGAAGCAUCAACAUUCAGUUGACGUUGGGUUACAGGAAGAAAGGCGCACUAAGCAGUCUGCAGUUUACGAGGAGGAGGAGGAGGAGGUUGAGAUAAUAGAGCUGUUUGAUAAAGUUUUGCUGUUUAGAAAUAACGAGGAUCCUCCAUCUGUAGUUGGAAAGGGCACCCAACAGAAAGGACAAGGUCGUUGGAAGGGACAUGCAAAGAAACAAGGAAAGACUGGUAAAAAUGUGGAUCUAGAGUCUCUUUUAACCAGCUGUGCACAAUCUAUUGCAGAUGCUGAAUAUAGGAUUGUGGAAGAAAAGCUAAUGAAGAUUAGGAUGCACUCUUCGCCAACCGGUGAUGCAAAUCAAAGGCUGGGCCAUGCAUUUGCAAAUGCUUUUGAGGCACGGUUGGCUGGGACUGGGGCGCAACUAUAUGCGGCACUAUCUUCAAAUACGACCUCAGCUUCUAGAAUGAUAACGGCCUAUCGCACCUACCUUACAUGUUGGCCGUUCAUGAGAACAUCGUUUUUCUUUGCAAAUACAAUGAUUUAUGAAGUUGCAUUGGAAAGUAAAUCACUUCACAUCAUAGAUUUUGGUAUUCUUUACGGUUUCCAGUGGCCCAUUCUUAUCCAGAAUCUAUCACAUAGACCUGGUGGACCUCCUAAACUUCGAAUAACCGCAAUUGAGCUUCCCCAACCUGAUUUUCGUCCGGAAGAAAUGGUAAAAAAGACCGGUUGUCUUUUGACAAAAUAUUGUGAACGUUUUGGUGUACCAUUUGAGUACAAUGCCAUAACAACUCAAAUUUGGGAGACAGUUAAACUUGAGGAUUUAAAGCUUGAGACUAGUGAGAUUGUUGCUGUUUGUAUCGAUUCGAAAACCUACUUGAUGAGACAGUAGGUUUUGCAGAUACUCCAAGUCUCCCUAAGGAUGCAGUUUUAAAAUUAAUCCGUGAAAUAAAUCCUCAAAUUUAUGUGCAAUCAGUGCUGAGUGGAGCCCACAGCUCUCCUUUCUUUAUAUCUCGUUUCCGAGAAGCUCUCUUCUUAUACACUGCAGUCUUUGAUAUGUGUGAUGCUACAUUACCCCGCGAUGAUCCUCACAGGUUGAGUUUUGAAAAAGCUAGGGCAUGUGAAAUGAUGAGUAUCUUAGCAUGUGAAGGCAUGGAAAGAUUGCAUAGGCCUGAAAUAUACAAGCAGUGGCAUUUGCAUAAUUUGAGAGCUGGGUUAAAGCCUAUUCCCAUAAGACCCGAGCUUGCAAAUGAGCUUAGAGACAAGACAAAGGCCGGAUUUCACAAGAAGUUUCUGUUUUUAGAUGAACGUCAUUGGAUACUGCAGGGGUGGAAAGGUAGAGUUUUUAGUGCCAGCUCUUGCUGGACAUGUGCAUAAUAAGAAACUAAGAUAUAAUAGCAUUGAAGCUGUUGGAAGGUAGCACAUUUGCAUUAUUCGUUACUUCUUGAACACUUUUCGUAAAAUAUUGUCUCGGUCAACAUGUCAAAGGGGUAACUUUUACUUUGAAGAAUUUUAAGACCUGAGAUGCCAUGGGAAAAUGACAUUUGAUCACGUGAAAGUACAUGCUUUUCAUGGUUGUUCUUGGCAUUCUUUAACAUGAAACCUUUGCUGACUGUGUCGUUAACAAAAACCUUGGAAUCUAGGGCUCUCUGGUUUACGGUUGAGACCUAUACAAACUUUGAUUAGCCAAAAACGAGGUUGUUGAUAUAACUCCCUGUCAUGGAACUCGAAAUUGAACUAGUGGCUCCGAGAAGCAUGAACCCCACAACUAUUUUCCGUUCUCUCCUAAUUUUUUCAUUAGCUGUUUGUAAACCAAAAGUAGUAUACGUCAUACUCGUGAUUACUCUACCC